UCGAUUGGGGCGAGGCUAUCCCAUUCCCACUGACAGUCCCAGUCGCGUUACGCCCGCGUUUAAGUGCAGUCGUGUGUAUAUCUGACAGCUGCCCGUUGCGGCCCGCGCCUUGUUAAUCCCGUCAUGCAGCCGGUGCGAAGCUGGCCGCAGUGAGAACCACAUUUUCAGUUCGUGAAGUGAAAAAACAGAUGCCAAUAUGCUCCAGUCUUUAUUACAGCCAAGAGAUAAUCAGCGAUCGAAGAUGAUCGGCGCAAUGCCCGCAGUAGCUGUGCGGCACGAGCGGCGGCGCGCGGAGAAGCGGGCCGGCCGUCGCGCCAGCACGCUGCCUGGCCGCGAUGACGACGCCGAGGUGGGGGGACCCUGCGUUCGCGCCGAGCUAUACAAGAUCCUCAAGCUGACGGCGCUGUACGGCGUGGUGUGCUGCUCGCUGCUAGGCAUCGUGUUUCUGGUGGUGGGUCUGGUGCAGCUGUCGCCGCGCGCCGAGGCCGCGCAGCAUCGCUACUCGCUCAUGGGCACCGGCGGCACCAUGCUCGCACUCGCAGUCUCCCUCUCCCUGCUGCGAUGUGCCGGUAUACAUUGGUAUAAACGUCAAUUCGAAGAAGAAGACGAUGUCUCGGAGCAGGGCGCGCACCAGAACGGCGUCGCCGAUAGGCAUGGCCACGUCGAUCACAAGACCGGACAAGUUAACCAUAAGACUGGCCACAAUGACAACAAGACCGGACACAAUGACCAUAAGACCGGCCACAACGACCAAAAGACCGGCCACAACGACCACAAAGCUGAUCACAAGACGGCGAACGAGAAGCCAAAACUCAAGACUCAGGCAAGUGUCGGCCGCGACCUCGACCUAGCUAAACAACCGUCGGCGGCCAGCGACACUUAAAUCUUUGUCUAUCGAUUAACUUAAUUCGAUAUAAUACAUGUCGUACCGCUGUUUAAUGUUAAUAUUGAAUGCGGAUACUUGUGGCCCGUCGUUGGGCAACUACUUAGCCCAAGAUUUGAUGUUUUAUUGUAUAUAGUAACGUGUGCUCGAUGUCUAUUAUCUGAAUGUUUUUCUCGAGCGAAUGUAGGCUGAGGUACUGUCUUCUCCAUAUCAAUGAUACUAUCACUACAGAAUGUCUUUUGCACAUCAAUAUUAAGAGAUCUAGAUGCAUUUAAAACUGUCAAAAAACAAACAAGAACAAACGAGCGAAAUGACAUUUGACAUAUCUGUCAGUCAGACCAAUGAUCAUAGAGUAACAAUAUCAAAGAGGCAUACAGAGGAAUACUCUAAAUAUGUGUACAAGAGGCAUUUAAAAAAUAAAUAUACAAAGUUGGUAUAAGCUAGUCUAAUAUUGAAAUACUUCGCUCAUUCAUAUUGUACUCGAUGUUUUGAAUGUAUACUCUGAACUAGCACUCUACGUGUUACCAUAACUGUAUGUUCUAUCUAUUUUUGUGCGUUGGAAAAAUAACUUAAAUAUAUCACGACGUAUGUGUAUUUUACAUGUCUAAAUAUAGAUCAUAAUAAGUGUCUACUAUAUAUGUAAUCAUUACAUCAUACAAAUUAAUCUAUUUUAUCUCUCUUUAAGUGUUUAAAUCUAUUAUUCAAUAUAUACUUGGAACUA